GCCAUGCAUUGGAUUCUCCGGGCCCUUUGCGCUUACCGGCGCCACUGACAUACGGCCGCGCCAUGGGGGGUGAGUGAAAGAUGCAGCUGGCGACUGAUGUCUACUUUGAAGCGCCAGCUACGUCCUGUACAGCUGAUCGUGUUCGGCAUGGCCAUCUUUCUUGACAGGAGCUUCAUGGAACUCCCUCCCAGCGUUGUGCGUGUUUUCAUCGAUGGCGACUGCGUUCCAGAGCCGUUCUUCACCUUGCUAAGGCGGCUGUCUUCUAGAUCACGCGUGGCCGUGUUUGCAGCCUUUCGACCGUUCGAGGGCAAGGUCAGUGCUUGGGGCACUUUUUGGGCGAGUUCUUUCAAAGUCAUUCCCAUGCAGGAGGAACGCCUGCGCAGUAGGCUGCUUGCCAGCGGCAUUGAUGACUCCCUGAUCUUUCUGCAUCCCAGCAAGACAAACGCUAUGAAUGCAGCUGAUGUGAUCCUUACGUUCCUCUUUGGACGCUAUGCUGGGACGAAGAACUACUUGGUUUCUGAUGAUCGACAGUGGUUUAAGGAGGUCGUCAAGUCCAAGCCGACUGUGUGGAUCACAAGUGAUAAGUUUCGCGAGCCUUGAA